UCCGGCCACCUGGCCGUGGCACACGACGGCAAGAAGAGGAUCCACGUCUUCGGGCCGAGCGGGUUCUGCCUGCGGCGGUUCGGGGAGCGGGGGGACGCGAACAACGACAUCAAGUACGCGCUCGAUGUGACGGUCACGUCCGACGGACACGUGGUGGUCACCGACGGCGGGGACUGCUCCGUGAAAGCCUUCGAUUCUGAGGGAAGGGGGGUCCUGGCCGUGCGGGAAGGCUUCUGCUUGCCCUGGGGCUUGGAUGCCGCCGCCAAGAGCGAAGUGAUCCUGACCGACUCGGAGGCUGGCGCGCUGUACCGCUUGGCGGUCGACUUCCAAAGGGGGGAAUUAAAGAAGUGCCAGAUGAUCCGGUCCCGGCUUGUCAGCCCCAGAGCUGUCGCUGUCUGCCAGAGCUCGGGUGCUGUCGUGGUAGUAGAGCACCUGAAAGCCCGAGGUCCGAGCAAGGGCAGCACCCGAGUGACGAUACUCAGUGCGGAGAUGGAUCUCAUCGGCCAGGUGGACAGCUUCGGUCUGAACCUCGUUUUCCCCUCCAGAAUAUACGCUACGGCUGUGGCCUUUGACAGCGAAGGUCGUGUUAUAGUAACGGAUGUUUGUAGCCAGGCUGUCAUAUGCUUAGGGAAACCUGAGGAAUUUCCCAGCUUUAACCCUCUAAUUAGCCACGGGCUUUCUUACCCUGUCGGACUGACUUACACGGCAAACAAUUCCCUCGUCGUUUUAGACAGCGGUGAUCAUUCAGUGAAAGUAUAUAGCUCUACCUGAGUGGGCUCAGAUGCUUCCUGCUGCAGGCUCAAGCUGAUUCUGGCCAUAAAGCAUGCGGAGUUCUGGAGUUUGUAGGAGUGGAGGGAGGAGGCGGUUGUGGGGCUCUGAGUGUGAAAUCACCCUCCGACCAACACGCCGUGCUUCCUGCAAAACUUGUGUCACGUCUCUUGCCUACCUGUGGGAGAGGACCUGGCUGUUGCUGCCUAUAGCCAACAACAAAUCAACCAAACAAAUCACUUGGCAUUUUAAAACUAUUCCAUGUCUUGACUACCAAGUGGUUUUGGUUGUUUUUGACACGUAAUCAAAGACCAGCACGUGUGAAAGUAAUGCAUAAUUUAUUUACGUUUCCCAGCACAUGCUUAAUUAAGUAUAGGUACACUCCUGACAGAACUGUUUCCAAGAAUUGUGCACAAGGAAGGAGAUUGCCUUGACAGAAUGAUAGGAGAAAUGGAAGCCUCCAUUCAAGGUUGCAUAAAUCCAGCUAAAAUCAUUGUGAUGGAGGAGCUACCACUAAUGAGUGAGUUAUGAGACAUGAAAUGAUGUUCAAAGUCUAUUUUUUUCCAGGAAAAUGCAUUUCUGGGGGCACUCUUUUCUCUGCUAGUUAAUUCCCACCUUUAUUAAGGUUCUACUGGAGCACUUUGUCUUCCUCUAAAAUGCCCAAGUCUGUGUCUUUGCCUGGAGAUAAUAUAGUGUGUGGUUACACAGCAUGGGCUGCUUUGCCUAAAAGCCUCUUGAAAUAUUCACGUUUAGACCACAAGUGCUCCUGCAUAAGUAAGUUUGAGUUGGCUCUGCUGCUAACACAGCUACAUGUAGGAGGUUUUCAGCACUACCUGCCCCUGUUUUGCCAUUAAUAUGGUGCUUUUGCACUCCCAAACCCCAGGAUUCAACUGCAAAUUGAAAUGUUAGUGAGAGUGAUAGGAGAUGGGGAACAGAGCUCCCUGCCCCCUCUUCUUCAGUGAGUGGAGCAAAGAGAUUGUCCUCUGCAAAAUGGUCAUGGAGUUAAAUGUAGCUGAAAUUGAGCAGCUCCACUUACAGCAAGGAACGUUUCAGCUCGAUGGAGAUGUGACUAUGCCUGUCUUGGGAACAUUCAUUUGUUGUAAUUGUUCACCUCUGAUCCCAGUGUGAGAUCUACUGUGGAGCAGCCACUGUGGGCAUGGAGGCAGAGCUAGGGUCUAGCAGAGGGCAUCACCCCAGUGAGGUGAAACCAAUCAGAAUAGCACUGUUUUCCAUGCUCCCACUGCUGCCAGCUCCUCCUCCCCUCUGGCUCCUGUGACACAAGAUGAAGUUGGAUGUGCCAGUGACAGCAUGCAUCAGUCAGGCACAGUAAGGUAUGUGCUGGGGAUGCUGCUGACAAGAUGGAUAUUCUUGGCAGGCUCCGUGACAUUUCUCCUUGCCCUUUGCUGAAGAAAGGAGGUCACUGGAACACCAUCAGGGCUUCAGGCAUCAACCUGGAUGCACAGUAUCACUCCCCCAUUUCCAUGUCAUGAAGCAGAGCAAUUGACCUUCCUGCUCAGAAUAUAUGGGAAGACAUGGGCAAAUCACAUCGAAUCCUGUUACCUGUGUUAUGCCUUGGAAAGAUGUGGAGCAACUGAAACUUGCCAGCAAACCAAAGGAAGGAGCAAUGUUUUCUUUAUGCUCUUUGCUGAACUGUGGAUCAACGGGCAAAUAGAAAUGCUCUAAGGCAAGAAAGAAGAAUGAAACAGAUGGAAAACAAGAAAGAGACAAAGGUUAAAUCUUCACCCUAGUAAAGCUCCAAAAUUCCUGUUGACUACAGUAGUAGAGAGCCAGAAAAGAAGAGAGGGUGGAGGAAAACAGGGAGAGGAAAGGGAAAUCAGGGAAAGAUGGCUCCAGAUGAUUUUAUCCCCAUUUUCCAUCUGAGUUCCCCCCUCCCACCAUCAGUCUCCACUUUCUCCAGCUCUCAUCUUUUUUCAUUGCUGAAGCAGUAAGCUGUCAUUUCUCAUCCGGUAUCUCCCAUCCAUCCAUCAGCAUGUCUGGGAUAGCUGGCAGCUAAUUCCGAUGGGUUAGCAACCCAUCAGUAUCCCUUGCCAGUUCCCACGGGGCAUGUAAACUGAUCAAGUUAACAAAUUCUGACAGGUGAGAGACAUUUAGCCUCAGUUGCUACCGGUAGCAAAGAGAGAUGUAAAGGGUUCCAUAUGGUAUUCAAUGGGGAGAUACAAUGCCAGAAGAGAAACGUCUCAUCGGCCUGAAUUCACAGAUUGUUCUUUGAUCUACCUAAUAAUCUCAUGGGGCCUCUAUAACAUGACCCUCUUCCUAUUCUGCCCUAAUGGCAAAGGGUUAGGGGAGACCAGAAAUGCAUUCUGCUAUAAGCAUUCUGCCCAGUAAGUGUGGUCAGGUCAUGGUAAAAAUGUUGCCAAAAACCCUUUCUUGAGAGGGCAGAAAUACAUAGCAGAACCAAGACAACAUUUUUGGCAGCUGUUUCUCAGGGUACACUGAUGUGAAUGAAAGAUUAAAAGUCCCCUUUCUCAACUACCUAACACUUGAAUAAAUCAGAAUUUCACAAGAAGUGAACAUUGGAAAAAACUAGGUUGCAUCUGCCUUUUCAAACACUAUUGCACGGCUGGCUUUUUAUAUGCAAAUGGUGGAAUAUAAUUCACAAGCCUAUACCAGACAUUCAUAAAAAUUUCUUCCCAAGACUCUUCCCACAGCCAAAAUCAUAGUGAAUCUCAUAAAGACUCCCUUUAGUUUCUCUUCAGCUAAUGUAAUUGUUUUUAUGUAAUCUUGCAAUGAUGUCGUUUUUCCACUAAGAGGUGGAAAAUUGAGAUGGGAGUAUUUUCCCUUCCAUCUGUUGGCUGUCUUCUCUUUCCCAGCAGUGUCCAAAUUUCACAGAACAACUCCCUUUUUGCACAGCCAUUUCAGACCUCAUGCCUUGUCUUGAGCCAGCGCUUACUUUGAUCUGGGUUCUUACAGUCUACAGCAGCAAAUAGGAUGUCUCAUGUCAACAUCACUCCUUUUCUUUACUCGUUGGGCCACAUGCUUAUGAUGCAUUUCAUAAUGAACUUCAUUCCUUAUGCCUGCUUCUACAGGCAAGAAGUCCAUGUGCACCAUCUACUCCUGCUAACAUUCUCCAGAUGCCCGGCUCUAUUUGGUAACCUUUGUCUUCUGCUGUGCUAAGUACAUGUCUCGUUUCUUUUCAGCAUUCCUGUGAGUUGUGACCAUUUGGGACAGCCAGGCCUCCUCCAGAAACAGUCCUCUCAGUGGCUUUGCAGCACACCUUCUGCUUGGUGUGCUGGCAGCUGGGAAGGGGUUGAUCUUCUAAGCCUCCCUCCAUUGUUUCCACUGCUGUUUGAAAGGUCUGCUCUUUCUCAGCGCAGCUAUCUAUUCAUCACUGGUUGUUUAGCCCGUUCUCCCAACAGUGGUUUAGCCCCAGAGUAGACAGAGUAAUCCCAUUUGGUUUGAGCCUGUCUUCCAUAAAGAAAAUGUUACACACAUUGCUGUUUUGCACUGGGAUUCCUGCCAGUUAGCUGCAUUGAUAGUAAGGAUUGAUUCUUUGGAAGAUAUUUUACUGAAGCUAAGGAAACACUUCUGCGGAGAACAGGUGUUAACAAGACACUUUGAAAAGAGCCCUAUUGCAUUUUUAACUAAAAACCUUUCUUGGCUUGCCCACUGGAAGCUCAGCCAUCCUCGGAGCUGUUGGUUGCUGGAUAAAACACCAUUGUUUGUAAGGCUUUCCCCGAAUACUGAACUGGCCACCACCCUGUUCUGAGUGUUUGGGCCGGCACUCGUCAGUGGUGGCCUGUCGCUGCCUGGAAGAGCAGGACAGGUGAGUGGCCCCGGCACUUCGCAGGUUGCCCUUCAUAGCCAAGGAGGUGAGGCUGGAGCCCGAGCAGGGCUCCUUCUCCAUCACCUCGACGUGCUGCACCGCUUCCAGGCCUACGUUACACCCAGGUCAUCCCGGCUUGUGCAUGUCAAAAGAGCAUCCCCUGACGUUAUAACAUUUUUUCCGGGACAGAUUGCGGCUGUUCCUUUCAUUGCCGCAAGAAAACUCGAUGUGAGUGGGGCAGGCCGGUGUCUCUGCGGUGGCGGCGUACACCUGCA